UACUCUGCUCCAUUAAAGUGUAGAUCUGGGGGGCAGAAAACCCUCAAAAUGGUCGUCUCUCCACUCAUAGGAUCUCACAUUUUAUUUGCUUUGUCAACAUACAUCAUUGGAUAUACACCGUUUCCAGAGUACAGUGUGGUGGUGGCAUUGAAUGACAUCCAGCUGAUGUACUAUGAUUCAAACGUGAAGAUCAUCUAUAGAAAUUAUAAAUCUGAACAUGAAGAACAAGAACAAAAGAAUGCUGACCAUGUAUUUAAAUGGGACUACGACGCUUUGAAAGACAUGGCUUUGUUUGCAAGAAGCCGGAGAAACAUCACACAAGGAGUGCUUGUUGUCCAGAGGUUAUCUAGCUGUGAAUUGCUUGAUGAGACUGUGGGUGCAGUAGGAGCCGGGGAUGCUUUGGAGGGAGUGACUGAAGAGGAACUCACCUUUAACGCACAGAACAACACUCUGAGUGUUGAAUCAGAAGGUCUAUGGAGGGACCUGUGGGACCAGCAGAGAAGAGAUCAUCUUCAAAUGCUGAUUACGAAACAUUACCUCCCUAUAUGCAUUACAACUCUCAAGAAUGUUCUGCGCACAAAGAGAAAGGAGAUGGUAGCAGUGAGACCUUCAGUGGAAUUCCUCCAGAAUACACUUCCAGACUCUAGUGGGGCCAAAGUGACCUGCCUGGCCACUGGUUUCUACCCGCGUCACUCUAACCUGACCCUGCUCAGAGACGGCCAGUCUAUGUCUGACCACCAGGUCACUGGGGGGGAGCUGCUACCUAAUGGAGAUGAGACGUACCAGAUGAGGAAGAGCCUGGAGGUCAGCGCAGAGGAACUAAGAGAGAAACACCAGUACUCCUGUAUGAGUGAACACACCCUUGACAAACUGACCAUUCAUUUAGUGCCUGGCUGUACACCCUUUAUGGAGUUGGUGUUGAUCUGUGGGACUGCUCUGAUGGUGUUCAUCAGUGUGGCCGGAGCCAUUACUGCCUUCACCGUACACAGGAGGAGACGCACGAACGGACUCAGUGGGCCCAGACCCUCCCCCGACCAGACCGGAGUCCCCCUACGGAGGGAGGCAAGGGGAGCUGGAGGCAACUGAGGGGGUCCCGAUCCCAGCCCACGGUGUCCAGCCCACAGAGGGGAGGGGGCCACAAGCACCCCACUAGCAGCAGAGGCGACAUAACCGUCCCACUAUCAACAGGAGAGGGGGCCACAACCAUCCCACUAGCAGCAGAGGCGACAUAACCAUCCCAGUGUCCUAACAGGAGAGGCGACAUAACCGUCCCACUAGCAGCAGAGGCGACAUAACCGUCCCACUAGCAGCAGAGGCGACAUAACCGUCCCACUAACAGGAGAGGCGACAUAACCGUCCCACUAGCAGCAGAGGCGACAUAACCGUCCCACUAGCAGCAGAGGUGACAUAACCGUCCCAGUGUCCUAACAGGAGAGGGUACCAUAACCAUCCCAUCCAUGCCAGUGUCCUGGAGAUACCAGAGGAGA